UUGUCGAUGAUUCGGGAUGACUUUAGAGGUGGAAAGAUUAACCUAGAAAAAACUCAGAAAUUACUUGAAAAAUUAAAUAUUCGGUGCAAUUAUAUUCAUGUGAAAAGUAUUUUUAAGGAUAAUGACAGGCUGAAGCAAGGAAAAAUCACCAUAGAAGAAUUUAGAUCAAUUUAUCGAAUUAUUGCACACAGAGAAGAAGUUACUGAGAUCUUCAACACAUAUUCUGAAAAUCGGAAGAUUCUUUUGGAAAAAAAUCUGGUCCAAUUUUUGACGCAAGAGCAGUAUUCAGUUGAGAUGACUAAAACUAUUGCCUCUGAGAUCAUUGAAAAAUAUGAGCCUAUUGAAGAAGUUAAGCAAGCACACCAGAUGUCAUUAGAAGGUUUUACGAGAUACAUGGAUUCAUCUGAAUGUCUCUUAUUUGAUAACAAGUGUGAAAGAACUUAUCAAAAUAUGAAUCAUCCAUUAAAUGAUUAUUUUAUCUCAAGUUCACAUAAUACGUACUUGAUAUCUGACCAAUUAGUAGGACCAAGUGACAUUUGGGGAUAUGUAAGUGCCCUUGUGAAAGGAUGCCGUUGUCUGGAAAUUGACUGCUGGGACGGAUCGCAAAAUGAACCUGUUGUAUACCAUGGUUAUACACUCACCAGCAAGCUUCUGUUCAAAACUGUUAUCCAAGCAAUACGCAAAUAUGCGUUCAUUACCUCUGACUACCCGGUGGUGCUCUCUUUAGAAAAUCACUGCUCUCCUUCCCAGCAAGAAGUGAUAGCACACAAUUUGCAGUCUAUUCUUGGAGAGACCUUGCUUUCUGAUGUGCUCGAUGAGUUUCUCGACAAACUACCUUCACCAGAGGCAUUAAAAUUCAAAAUAUUAGUUAGAAAUAAGAAAAUAGGGACCCUAAGGGAAACCCGUGAAAGAAAAGGUACUGAUAAGCACGGUCAGAUAGAGGAAUAUGAAGAAGUUGAAGAGACAGAUCAAGAAGAUGAAGAUGAUGAUGAAGUCAAAGAAUCAGAAACGGAGGAUAUUUUAAAAGACAAUCAAGAAAAGGAAAUGGAGUCAAAAAGGGUAGCUGGCUUACCACUUUUCAAGAAAAAGAGGGUAAAAGUGGCUGUGGCCCUAUCUGAUCUUGUCAUUUAUACGAAAGCCGAGAAAUUCAGAAGCUUUCAGCAUUCAAGACUGCAUCAACAGUUUAAUGAAAGUAAUUCUAUCGGGGAGUCAAAAGCAAGAAAACUUUCAAAGUUGCAAGCUCAAGAGUUUAUUCUUCACACCAGGAAGUUCAUUACCAGAAUAUAUCCCAAAGCAACAAGAACAGACUCUUCUAAUUUUAAUCCUCAAGAAUUUUGGAAUAUAGGUUGCCAAAUGGUGGCCUUAAAUUUCCAGACCCCUGGUCUGCCUAUGGACCUUCAAACUGGGAAAUUUUUGGAUAAUGGUGGUUCUGGAUAUGUUUUGAAACCAGACUUCCUAAGAGAUAAUAAAUCAAAGUUUAACCCAAAUAAAGCACCAAUAGACAGUAACCCAAUUACACUCACGAUAAGGCUCAUCAGUGGUAUCCAAUUGCCUCCCAGUCAUCAUUCAUCAUCUAACAAAGCUGACGUAAUAGUGAUUAUAGAACUUUUUGGUGUUCCAAAUGAUCAGGCAAAACAUCAGACUCGUGUGAUUAAAAAAAACGCUUUUAGUCCAAGAUGGAAUGAAACAUUCACAUUUAUUAUUCAGGUGCCAGAAUUGGCGUUGAUACGUUUUGUUGUUGAAAAUCAAAGUUUAAUAGCUGGAAAUGAAUUUCUUGGGCAAUAUACUUUACCAGUUCUAUGCAUGAACAAAGGUUAUCGUCGUGUUCCUCUGUUUUCGAAAAUGGGUGAGAGCCUCGAGCCCGCUUCACUGUUUCUUUACGUUUGGUACGUCAGAUAG